AUGUGAUUGAUUCUCUCCUGCUCCUUCUUUCUUCCAUCUCUCCUGUCUCUCUUCUCUCUCUCUCUCUGUCUGUCUGUCUGGCAAAGGGCACUGACGGCCGCGGCGGUGUCGAUGGAGUGGUGGCAGAAGGCGGUGGUGGUGCCGGUGAAGCGCGCGUGGAUCGCCGCCGCCGCCCGGCUGACGACGCGACAUAAGAAAGAAGACGGCGGCCACGGCGUCCUGGUGAAGCUCCACGACGACGUCCAGACGUGCGCGUACGAGGACGUGCAGGUGAUGUGGGAGAUGCUGCAGCGGGCCGAGACGGAGAGGCUGGCGCGCGAGCCCUCGCCAAAGGGCGCGCGCGCGCUCGUCUGGCUGCGCCGCCACCACAAGAUGGACCCGCGCCGGCGCUGCUGAGGAGGAGGACGACGACGACACCCUGAUGCUUUUCCUUCCUCCUGCUGCCCCUUCGGCUUUGCUUGCCAGCUGCCGUGCCACCCUGUGCAGCCUUGCCCUGUGAUGCGAGAGCCGCUCAUCUGCGGCUGUGUGUACAUAUUACAUGCUACAUACAGGGUACAGUACAGCCCUGCUGCUGCGCCUUUCGUUUCCUUCGCCCGGAUGUAAAUAUUCACAGUUUCAUCUUUCUAAGGAAGAGAAGAGAGAUAGAGAGACCACA